AAACAAAUGAGUAAACGUAAGGGCGAAUAUAUUGGUCGGAAUAAACCCCAGGACUUAGCACAUCUAGAAUCCAAUGAAGAAUGAAAAAUUUCAAGUGUGGAGAGGAAAAACAGCUCAACAAGUUUCGAGUAUAAUUCGAACAAUAGCCAAGUUCAUGAUAGUUGACAACAAGACAUGAAUGAGCUAUACCAUGUUGAGACUGAAAGAGAGACACUAAGAAGAGAGGAAGAUAAGAAAACUGAAAACCCAACUGAACAACAUCUUGGGAAUCCAGAAAGCAAUGAUUAUGAAAAGAAACUAGAUAAAUGUCCUCCAGAUUUUAAAAGAGCUAAAACUCAUGGCUUUGCGAAUAAAGUAAAACAGCCUGACUUUACAGAGGAAAAGCAAGAUCCAAUGGAUGACACUUCUGCCUUGUGUGAAUGCUGAGGAAGACCUACUCAUCACCUUGUCAAAGGCCUACCAAUUUGUGUAGAUACGAGAGAGCUAGACGUUCUUGGAAGCGGAUUCCCUUUGUACUAUCACUUCAAGAAGUUCACUAUCAUAAUUUACCUGUUGAUGGCUCUUUUUGUGGGGACUCCUGGUCUGAUCAUUAAUCUGAACCAAGAAGGCAGAAAAGAAUGGGACCCCACUUCUUCAUAUAUUGUCUCAACAACAAUUGGAAACAACGGAAAUGAGUCUGACAAUUACACCGAAUGGAGGGUGCAAAUCCAGGUGAUCCUCAACUUUUUGUUCAUCUUUGUGAUUAGUAUUGCAAGCAUUUUCUUACGAGAAAGUCAGAACACCAUUAUUAGAGAAGUUGAUGAGCAAAACAUCACUCCUUCAGAUUUCGGCGUAAUGAUUAGCAACAUCCCAAAAGAUAAGAGACCUGAUGAACUAAGAAAAUGGCUGGAAGCAAAGGUCCCAGAAAUUGAAAUUAUGUAUGUCAAUUAUUGUUAUGACAUCACUGAAUUGGUUAAAGUCACCAGAAAGCUCACUUCAAUGUUACAAGUCAAAGCUUACCUUGAAGCCUACAAGAAAAGGAGACUACAAGAAGAAGGAGACAUUAGUGAGGAAGAUGCUAUCAAUAGAGGAUUUCAGCUGAGCCCACCUGCUUCAAAGUUUUGCAUAUGUAUCAAGAAGCCAUAUCCAAGUAUGGAUGAGCUAAAUAUGAAGAUCAAAGAAACAGAGAGAAAACAAGAAAAGAUCAUGGCUUCAAUGGAAAGAAUUUGUGACUCUCAUGAGUUCUGAGGAACUGCAUUUGUUGUAGUAAACAAACAAAGCCAUUCUGAAAGAAUUGCUGAAUACUUUGAAAGCACUCUAUUGAUGAGAGGACUUACAUGGAUUAUUUACAAUGUGUUUCAGUUGAAAAAUUCAAACAUAAACAAUAGAGACUGGGAUGGAAAUCUUAUCUAUGCUGAAAGAGCAGCUGAGCCAGGAGAUAUUUACUGGGAAAAUCUUGCUGUUUCUCCUAGAACCAGAUUCAAAUAAAAUUCUAUGGACCUCAUUUAUUGCUUUAGUUUGUUUAGGAAUCGCCUUUGGAGUUAACCUUGGAAUUAGAGGUAUCAAGAAAUCUAUAGAUGGAAGCCACAAAGAAAGUUUGACAGAAGAAUACUUCAUCAGAGGCCUCUCCAUCACUGUAUCAUUCUUGAUUGCUGGAAUCAACAUAUUCCUGGGGAGAGUUAUUAGAAUGCUCACGUCUUAUGAGCACCAUGAAACUUACACAAAGUAUCAUCUCUCUGUGGCUUUUAAGCUUACAAUUGCAAUGUUCAUUAAUACAGGUGUCAAUCCAUUGUUUGUGAACUUUGGAAGAGCAAACUGGUUCGACUCAGGGGGCCUUAUGGUAGAUGUGUUCUACAUUGUAAUUACUAUCUCGCUGGUCAGUCCGUUCUCUUACUUGUUUGACCCUGCUUAUUUGGUGAAAUUGUGUAAGAGAUGGCGAGAGGAAAGAAAGGGAGAAAAAUCUAAACUCACUCAAAGGCAAGCAAACGAGCUUUUUGAAGGGCCUCCGCUUGAUAUGGCUCAAAGAUACUCAAAUACAAUGCUCUUAUUCUGUAUGGCAGUCUUUUAUGUAUUUCCAAUGCCAAUAAUUUCAGUUAUUUCUCUUCUUGGAGCUCUUUUCCAAUACUGGCUUGAGAAGUACUUAUUGCUUAAAAGACACAAAGUGCCUGAACCAUUUGGAGAAACAAUGGCUCAGAUAUUCAGCAACAUGAUUCCAUUCUUCUGCUUGCUGUAUGGAACUUCUCUUUACAUAUUCAGCACAGUGCUCUCUGAAGGGAAAGGAUGGAUUGGAUUAGCAGCUUUUGUGCUGACUUUAUUAUACAUGAUUCUUCCUUUCAGACAAAUUUUGAAUUACCUUAAAAAAGAUAUUCAUAGGAAUGAUAAUUAUGAGUACAAAGAAGAGAGAAUUGAAUUCUUAACUGAUUACGGUCGUUCAAAUCCAAUAACUAGUAAAGCUGCAAAUAUUUAUCACCAAAGGCUGUGCGAUGCAAUGACUACCAAAGUUAAUACUAAGCCUAAAGUUAAUGAAGAUGAGCAUAGUUUAGAAGGAGUCUUGAAUUAUGGAAGACAGGCAACAAGUUUAGAAGGAAAAGUUUUCAAUAACUUUCAGCAUUUUGAAAUGCUGGUUGGUCCUCUGAGCAAAGAUUACUUACUACAAAGAAAAAGGACCCAACAUUAUAGAGAUUUUGAGAUUGAUUCUGACAAUCAAAGUCCAAUAAACAAAAGAGAUAAACUCUCAAAUGGUAGAAGGACUUCUUUUAACAGAAGUCAUACUACCUUCCAUCCAACCCCCAAAAGUUUUGGGGCUCAGAAUUUAAUUGCCAACAAUCAAAAUGAAUCGCUAAGUCAUAAUGUCAGCCAAAGUGAGGAAGACACUUAAAUAAUUUUUGAAUCAGCCUUCAUUACCAAUCCA